AUGAGUUCCGGGGCAGCUCUCCAGAGGACGUGCAUCCACCCUGUUGCCCCAAGCAAGGGCGGAUGGACGCCCGAGGAGGACGCCAAAGUCGUUGGGCUCGUAGGUGAGCACGGGGUGCGCAACUGGAAAAAGAUUGCGGACGCAUUCAACGAGUCUUCCGAGAAUCAGCGCAACCCCAAGCAGUGCCGCGAGCGCUGGAACAACCACCUGGACCCCAACAUCAAGAGAGACCCUUGGACCGAGGAGGAGGAGCGGGAGCUGGUGGAAGGCCACAAGACAUGGGGCAACCAAUGGAGCCGCAUUGCGCGCGAGCGCCUGCCCGGCCGCGCAGAGAAUGCCAUCAAGAACUUGUGGAACACAACCCGCAGGCGCAAUGGCUCGGUCCCGCAAGGCUCCGGGCCCCUGGAGCAGUACAUGGUGCAGCUCGGGAUGCGCGAGCCCGCUGCCGAUGUCGAGGCAGGCAGCGGCGGCAGCGGUGGUGACGGCGGCCCCAGGAAGCGCGCCCUGGCGCAGCCCCCGCCUCGCGCGGCAUCUGACAGCGGCGGUGGCGGUGGCGGCGGCGGCAGCAGCAGCGGUGGCAGCGACGGCCCCAAGAAGCGCGCGCGGGCGCAGCCCGUGCCUCACGCGGCAUCUGACGGCGGCGGUGGCGGUGGCGGUGGCGGCGGUCUUGCGGUUGAGCUUGAGUGCCACGAGCAGGACCCGCUUUGGCCGCCAGGCUUUGGUGGGGCGCCGCUGGCCGCGGCUGUUGCGAUCCGGGCACAGGCUGGGGCAGGGGCAGAGGUGGGUGUGCUAGAGCCCUCGGCUGCAGGCCCGGCGCACGCCCCGCGUUGCGCGGAUCGCGCCGUGGUGCCAAGCCACGCGUGGGCCGAGCUGUUUCCCGACGAGACGAGCGGCAGCCACACCAGCAGCCACAGCGGCAGCCGCAGCAGCAGCCACAUCGACUGCGGCGGCGCCAGCUGCCCCAAGUGCCGCCACGGCAUCGACAGCAGCUUCUCCACGUUGUUAGGCGACACCUGCGAUGGCGCGCAUGGCCUCUCACAGCAGUGCGAGCGUCCGGUUUUCCAGAUGGAGACGGAUAUGGCGGCGGGGCUCAUGUCGUGGGCAGACGACGAGCUUCUGGGAUACGGUCCCGGGCUGUCCGACGAAGACGCCCAGCUGCUGGCGUCACUCUGCGAUCCGGACACCGCCGCCCCUGACUGCGAGCCGCCGCCGCCUGCGGGCGCUCAGCUGGAGCUGCGCCCGGCCGACCAGCCCGCGGCCGCAGCGUGCGCCGCGCGGCCCGGCGGGCAGCCGUACGCCGCAGCCGGCUGGGGUGCGGCGUCGUGGGACGUCCCCGCACGCGCCCCCGCCGUCGCCGGCGCCCCGGGCGGCCUCGUGCAGCAGCAGCUGCGCAGGUCAGCGCAGCACAGUCACUCGUUCAACGGCUCAACCGGCCUCACGCCGCUGACGGUCCCUCCCAUUCUCUGCGGCGCGGCCAACGCAGCGGCCGAGCCGCCGACGCCGGGGGUGGCGCGCGACCCGCGCCAGUUCAUCAGCCCAGCCGAUCACGCACACGCGCCGGUGGGAGCGCCGGUGCCGCUCUUUGCCAGCGGCACCAGCCCGUCAACGAUGGCCGCCGCCCCCGACGCUGGGGCCAGCAGGGCGCCGCCCGGCUUGACGCCGCGCUGGGCGCAGCUGCCGGCGGUCUGGCCUCCUGGCCAAGAGGUCAUCGUGGCGCUGUCAGAGGGCGCUGACCCGCUGCCGCCCUCGGACGCAAUCUGCUCCGCGCUGCAGGCGCCCACGGCUGGCUGCCCGGCGGGCGCGCACAGCGCCCACCGCGAGGUGGUCAGCUCCACCAGCUACGGUCCGCAGGCUGUCUGCGGCCGCGCCGCCGCGGUGGCGGCGCUGUGCGGCGGCGGCUCGCCUGCGGAUCCGAUGCAAACGUUGGGGCCGGACGCCGCUGUGGGGGCGCUGGCGGCAGACCUGCAGGCCGUUUUGCCGCGCCUCGUCGCCAACGCGUACGCGCGCGCCGCGCUGUCGGGGGCGGUUGGCCGGGUGGUAAUUGGCCUGCGGCUGGGCGCCGCCGUGCCGCCAUCGGAGCCAGGGCUUGUGGUGGCGGUUGCCGCGCGCAGCAGCAACGAGGGCGCGGCGGUGCUGAAAUGUGUGGUGGACGCGAUUCGCCUGCUGUACACGUGA